AUGAUGCAAAUUAGAGACGUUUUUAAUCAUCCAAUAGGUUCAAAACACAAGGCAGAAGUAAAUAAACGUUCACUUUCUGUUGAAGAAGGGGAUCAUUUGACGUUGCUAAAUAUUUUUGAGUUGUUUAUUGAGAAUGGACGUUCCCAAAAUUGGUGUCAACAAAAUUUUUUAAAUUACAAGGCUUUAUGUAGAGCUGAAUUUAUUAGACAACAAUUUAUUGGAUUUUUAAAGAAUGCUAAUUUAAAAAUAAAUUCUUGUAAAGGGACGAUAGGAGAAACAGCAAAAAUCCGUCGAGCACUUUUGAGUGGAUUCUUCUCACAGGUUGCUUAUUACGAUCAUAGAGGUUUAUAUGUAACACUAAAAGGUGAACAUGCAUUUAAAAUAUAUAAAGGAUCUGUGUUGAUGUAUAGAAAAGAAUAUCCUAAAUGGUAA